AUGUCCGGAAUGAAGUGCCGAGGAAACCGGAACUGCUACGCUCAGUACCAUGCCUCAGUUUUCAAAAUUCCUUUUGAGAGUGCUUUGUCUCUUAGCCGGUUUUUUCAACCUCCUGAAAAGACAGCUAUGACUGUAUUAUAUCCUAGUGAUAUAAGAAAAUACUUGAAGUCCACUAAGUCAAUGGUCAAUGCCACUCUUCUUCAGGACUUGUGUAGCAUAGUGGUUAGCAUGCUAGUCUCAAUAGAGAAUGAAACUCCUGAUUUUUAUUGCCAGGGUUUAAAUUUAGCCGUUUUUCGUGGAGAAGAUGGGACGGCUCACGUGACUGAUGCCUAUUGCCCACAUAUGGGCGCCAACCUUGCCGUGGGUGGGCGAGUUGUGGGCGACUGUUUAGAAUGCCCAUUUCACGGCUGGCAGUUCAGAGGCAGUGACGGCCAAUGUACAAAAAUUCCUUAUUCUGAAAAAGUUCCAGAGUUCGCUAAAGUUAAGAGUUAUAUAUCAGACGAAGCCAAUGGCUAUAUCUACUUUUGGUACCAUGCUGAAGGGAUAGAACCCACGUGGACAGUACCUAGGAUAGAGGAAAUUCAGAAUGGGAAUUGGAUAUACAGAGGCAGAACCGAACACUACAUCAGCUGUCAUAUAGAGGAAAUACCAGAAAAUGGGGCGGAUCUCCAGCACUUGGAGUGUGUUCACAGUCCCCUUAUUACGUCAGGGAUAGAUUUACGUCACAUGUGGAACGAACUUUGGUCGUUCGGAAGUCACACGUGGACAGCCCAAUGGGAACCAAGCCCGCCCCCUAACGAACAUAUUGGCACACUCCGACUAACACAUUCCAUGAACCUGUUUGGGAAGGCACUCCGACCUGUGGACAUGGAUGUCACAGCGAGACAGGUAAUUAUAUUUGCAGUUAAUAAAGUUGACUAUGCAAGAAUUAUGACACAUUUAGAUGUAUAGGUAAAGGACAAAGUUGCAAAACUUAAUA